UUUUCCAUCUUCCUCUCUCACUCACUCUCACCUUCUUUUUCUUCUUCUUCCCGGCCGUCUCCUCCGUUUCAGCAUCCCAGUGCCGUCGCCGCUUCUCUCCCGAUCAGUGCUGCCCCCGCCGCAUCCUCACUCCUAUUUUUUACUGCCAGGAUAGCUCUUGAUGGAUCCGCUGACCCAGAAUACUUCGUUGCAACGCCUUCAAAAUGUGGAGAAGGUUGGACUAACUUUCUAUACCCUAAAUUUUUUGUUUCUAGUUCUUUGCAUGGUCUUUAAUUGUACCACAAGAUUUCUUACGGCCAAUUUUUGUGUUCCAUUCCUGCAGAGAAUUGUGAGGGUUUUGGAGCUUGCGGGGGGAGUCAUGGAAGAGCUUGCCAACCCUGCUGGUCCAAGAAAGGAAUUUGUCAACAAUCAUUGCAGUGAGUUCAUGCAAUUCAUCAAGGAUAUCCAAGUUACGUUGCGGGAUGAAAUCAAAAGUGCGUGUGAAUAUCGUCCGUUCGAGAAGUGUGAUUAUAGUUCAAGGAUUACUAAUGAACUUUGCUGCAAGAAACUGGAAUACAUGAUUUCGAAGUUGGAUGGAAUGAAGCAAACCAUUGAUGAAUAUCAAGUGAAAAUGGAAGAUUCUUGAGGCAGGCCUUAUCUUUGUCACAUACUAUAUACAUCUCUCGUGUCGUGACUUUAAUGACGAGCUUCAUCGACCUAUGAGGAUAAGAUUAUCGACAUCCUUAGGAGCAUUCUGCAACUUGUAGUAUCUAAGCAUCCAUUUCUAGUUCUUGUUUUUUUCUCGUUAUUUGAUGAAUGUCAUUACUGUCUAUUAUCUGAAAAUACUUUCCUUCGAAGUUACACGAAUAGAUGUAACGAUAUUUGUCACUUGUCACAUAUGGUUGUAGUAUCUCAUUCUCAUCAUAAAUCAAAUGAUCAUUUGUAACUA